UCUGCGUCCAAGUGCGCCGAGCCGCACAUCAAGAGCAGCCUGGCCAAGCUCAGCGAGGACAUAGACAGCGCCCGCUACACGGCACUUGCCAACGCCGCACUGCAGGACGAGCUGCCUCAGUCUCCAGCCCCACAAACCCACUCAGCCAGUCGCAAACUCAACAAAGUGCCUUUGUUUGAACGAUUGGAAGAAUACUGUGAAGACUCGAGCCUUGUGAACGGAUCGACUCCAAAUGUUGUUCGGCUGCCGCCAGACAUGAAGCCGAUUCCCUGCAAACCUCUGUUCUUCGACUUGGCCCUCAACCUGGUCGAGUUCCCCUCUCUCGACGACAAACUCGAUGUGGCGGCCAAGAAGGGCGGAUCAGCCGGCAUCACUUCCUUCGUCAAGGGCUUCUUGUGGGGAGGAAACAAGUGAAUUAUACGUCCCCAAAUAUGAAAUAAUCGGAGUUGUUGAGUUUAAUUUUCCCGAUCACCAUUCGGGAAGGAUAUUGAUAUUAUUUUGAAUAUUUUCUAAUGAAAGUAAUUUGAUAGGGGUACUUGAAUAAUUGAUGAUUAAUAAAGAAAUAAUUUCACUGUACCCUUUUUCAAAACUUCUGUAUAAAAAAAACUGGUUUCGGAUUUAAAGUGUUGUCCAAAAACUUUUUGAUUUCGGAAAAACUUGAAAAUGGCUUGAAAUCUGAAACUAUCUGUGUUUUAUAUAAAAAAUUGAAAAAAGGUACUAUGAAAUUAUUUCUUUAUCAAUUAUUUUGAAUAUAAUAAUGCUAGUUAUGUUGCCAUUAAUUUAUCAUUUAGCGAUGUAAUAGCAACUAAGCUGGUAAUAGGUGGAAUAAUAUCUAGCUGACUACAUUCUUCAUGAUUGCAACAUUUUUAUCAUCACAAAUCUUUCAACAAUUUGAUUGUUGUUUACAUUUUUUGGUAUUGAUUAUCAAAUGGUAUUUAUGAUAAAUCUCCAAAUGUAAUUUUGGAGAAUAACAUGAUAUUGAGUUUAUUCAUUUGAUAUUACAUGAAUUCUAUUGAAUUGAUUAAUUUAUUCAAGGAACGCAAUUUCAAUUUUAUCGAAUUUGAAGUUGUUUUUAAAUUUGGUUUUAAUUAAAAAUAAAAAGGAAUUCACUCUUAUC